UGGGCCACCCAACAUCACAUUUUCAGCUCCAUUCGCCAAAGGUUAUUAGGUGACAAAUUGACUUGAGACUAGUAUAUAGUUGUUUUCAUUGACACUUCACAUUACUUUCAGUCUGAUGAACUAGUGGAUUCAGCAGACUGCAUGAAGCCCUUGCCCUGGGGAAUGAAAUGCUAGAAUCCAAGGAUGGAAAAUAUUUAAGCAAGAGUAGCUCUCAUCCUUUGACAUGCUCCUCUACCUACCUGUCCUACCAGAGGCAGCUGAACCAAUCACUCCGGAGUGAGAACCAAAUCCUUUGGGGAAAGAACAGGACUAUUCGUGAAGACAACAAGACUUUCCGUAUGGAAAACAAGGCUAUCCGUGAACAGAAUCGUACUCUCCGAGACGCAAACAAUAUUCACUGGGAGGAGGGCAGUGUCCUCAAGGAGAACAAACUGGACGCUUUGGAAGAGGGAAAAUCACUUGAGGAACAGGAAAAGGCUCUCCGAAAGCAGAAUAAGGCUCUGCGAGAAGAGAUCAAAUCCCUCCAGGAGCAGGAUGUGGCUUUCAAAAUGGAAGAGAAGGCUCUUCAAGAGGAGCUCACUGCUUUGUGGGAGGAGAACAAGGCCUUCCAAGAACAGAUCAAGGCUCUCAGGGAAAAUAGUGCUGCUCUCCUAGAAGAGGAAAAAUGUCUCCAUCAAGAGAGGCGAGCCCUCCAAGAAGAAGAAGCUGCCCUCCAGGAAGAGAACAAAGCUCUUAGAGAGGAAAGGAAAGCUCUUGAAGAGGAGGAUAAAGCCCUGAAGGAAGAGAAUGAAGUUCUCCAGCAGUGGAAGACACUCCUCCAAGGAAGCAUCAGUGUACAGAUAGAGGGGCAGGGAGCCCUAAUCUGAAUAUUCAGCCAAGGAAAAAAAUGUGGUUCUUCUGGCAUACUGGUUAAAAGGGAGAGAGCGACCCCAGCAAGUUAAAAUCAUUGAAGUAGUUGU